CUGAAACGUCGCGAGAAGCUUGGAUUUCUGAUCAAGGAUGGCGAGUCCAGCACCCAAGGCUGCAUUCGACGACAACUCGCCGUUUGUGGUCGACUCGAGCAUCUCAGACCAAGUGUUGCGCAAUGUACAGUAUACCUACCAUCUACCACUUCUAAUCCCGCGUCAUGUAAACAUACAUGCAGGAGAAUGGAGGGGUGUUGGUGACCAAGGACCAAAUCCGGGCGGCAUUUGACUUCUUCGACGUCGAGCACAACGGCGUGGUGACGAUGGACAAUCUCAAAUCGCGGCUGGGAGUGUUCUACAAGGACAUGUCUACGCGCGACUACCGCGUGCUUCUCAACAAUGAAUCCGAGCUCACCGAGCAAACUCUAUGCGACCUGCUCCUCGAAAACGAUAUCGCAGACUACGACCCUGUCGCAGAAGCAUUUCGAGCGUAUGACCCGGAAGGCACUGGGUUCGUGAACCUCGAAGUGCUCUCCCGGUUGUUUGAAAGCCUCGGCUACGGCAAACUCAGCGACGACGACCUGCGCGUGCUCGUGGCCACCGCUGACUCGGACAAGGACGGACAGUUGAAUCUGGCCGACUUUCGCAAAUUGCUGACCUGAAAAGAGUGUUCUCGUGAUCUAAUUGGUCAAAUAUACGUAAAUCACCACCUUUUUAUCCAA